AGUAAUUAAAAAUAAUGCGGGUAAAUCCGUUUCGUUAUACCUGACAAACAUUCUGCUGCAUAACAGCCUAAAAGUAGAGCACAUUGCCUUGCCCUUGGCCUAUUGUUGUCUAUUGUAAAGCAUGGCGGGUAUCUCUCACUGUCUGUUUUGUCCUUCCGCUUUUCGGAGAUCACCGAGUUCAUCGCAGUCAAAGUGGUAGUGGCAGUCGAAGUGGUGUAGUGGUAGUCGAAGUGGUAACAUGUUUACUUUCACUCUUACCAUCGUGACUAUUCUCAUUUGCAUAAUCUACAUUUCCACAAGCAUUUACCGAUCUAAGCUCGCAGUGAGUGGAAUAAAAAAACAUGAUAACAAUAAAAAUAAUGAUAAUGAUAAUGAACGUAGUUUGAAAGGUUCUCAGCAAGGAAAUGUCUGCCAAUGGCUGCAGGGGAACCUCCCUCCAGGACCUAGGGGCUGGCCUAUUAUCGGCAAUCUGCAUCAGCUUAUGUUCACGGGAAAGAAACAACACGAUAUCAUCAACGAGUGGGCCAACGAGUUCGGAGAGGUUUUCACUUUUCGUAUAUUUUCGACGAGGUUCGUGAUCCUAAACAGUUUGCCUCUGAUUCAGAAGACGUUCCAGAAUCCAGAUAUCAAUGACAUGGCGACCAUACCACCGUGCAAUAAAGCAUUGGGUGUGUCAACAAACAAAGGUAUAGGGAUCAUUGCUGCCAGUGAAGGACCCGCCUGGAAGGAUCUUCGAGGAUUUCUUAUCUCUAUUUUGCGAAAAAUGAAAUUUGGACCGAAUAGCAUCGAAAACUUUGCUGCCGAGGAGGCUGUAAGAUUGCUCGAUAAUUUUCAUUCCAAAGAUGAAGAGUUCUUUGACCCCGCCAGCGCUGUCAAUAUCGCCGUCGCGAACAUUACGACGCGGUUGACGAUGGGAAAAACGUUUCCGUACGACGACAAGGAGUUUCUUCGGCUCACGCAACUAGCAGACGACACGUUUGAUUACUUCGGAACUGGGGCAAUCUAUUCGCUGGUUCCAGAAUUGUCGUACCUGCCGUCUACAGGGAAUAGGAAGGGUGAAGAAGCGAUCGCUGAGAUGUUCGACUUCAUUCGGCAGUCAGUCGGGGAUCAUCGGAAACACUUCGACCCUAACCCGGAGCCUCGGGAUAUGGUCGAGUGUUUCUUGCUAGAACAGCAUGAACGACGUUCAAAGGGAGACAUUGGUGUGUUUGACGACACCAAUAUGCUGCAGUUCACCUGGGACGUUCUGAUUGGCGGAUGGCAAACAACCAACACCACCAUCCUGUGGUACCUCUUCAUUCUCGCCCAACAAACAGACGCCCAACACCGAGUCCAAGCAGAGCUGGAUCGAGUAGUCGGGCGUGACCGUCUACCAGCCCUCACCGAUCGAGCAUCCCUGCCGUACGUCCACGCCACCAUGGCCGAAUGUUAUCGGCUGAGUGGUCUCUUGCCGAUGCAGAUUCCACACCGUAGUCGUUGUGACGUUACAGUUGGCGGAUACGACGUCCCGCGAGGAUCCUAUGUGGCAUCCAAUACACAUUUCUUAUGCUCUUCACCAACGCUAUGGCAUGAGCCUGAGGAGUUCCGCCCUGAGAGAUUCAUUGAUGAGACUGGGGCGUUUGAUCGAAAGCGAGAGGCUGGCCUCGUCGAGUUCGGCGUUGGUCGCCGUGCAUGCCCUGGAGAGCAGCUAUCUCGUACAGAGCUCUUUGUCUUAUUCUCUCACAUCUUCCAUCGAUUCAUCAUCGAGCUCCACGACGACGUCCCUCGGACCAUGGAGGGCACCACUGGUCUGACGGUUAACCCCUUACCUUUCAAAAUAUGCGCCAUUCAAAGAUUUUAAAUUGCCCAUAUUUUAUCUUUAAAAAGAAGAAGAUUUUUCAGCUAACAAAUUUACAUUCUAGCCAAGCUUGUUUCUCAGACUAUAAAUGCCUUUAUAUCUAUAUCCAGGCGCGUACGCAGGGGGAGGGG